AUGGCCGGUCUUCAUCUCAACAUCGACUGGAAGUCGAAUCGGCGGGCCAUCGCCUACUGUCUAGUGGCUGCCAUCGGUGCUCUUUGUUACGGUUACGAUACGAUCUACUAUACCGGAAUUCAGGGCAUGCCAUGGUUUGCCAAGGACUACGGGGAACAGAACGCAGAUGGCUCCUACUCGCUGGGGACAUCGUUCCUAUCGCUAUCUGCUAGCAUCAUCUAUGUGGGAGAGUUAGUCGGAGCUCUUGCUGCCGCUCCCAUCAAUGACUUUUUCGGCCGGCGUGCUGUGUUUCUGUCGGCCUCUCUUUGUAUCGUUAUCGGAGCCAUCGUGCAAGUGUGCUCCUUUGGCUCUGAUCCAGUAUUUUGUGUCAGUCGUGUUUUGAUUGGUCUAGGUGUCGGGCAGUUCACUGCGACUUGUCUGAUGUACAUCGGAGAGGUCGCACCGUCCGCCAUCAGAGGUCCGGCUCUCAUGUGCUUCCAGUUCAUGCAGUCUGUCUCGCAGUUAGUCGGAGCCUGUGUCAACCAAGGCACGCAGAGCAUUUCCAGUGCUCAAUCUUAUCGCAUUCCUAUGUGCCUACUGGUUGUCCUCCCCGGUAUCAUGCUUCUGUGCCUUCCUUUCACACCCGAAAGCCCAGUGUGGUAUAUGUACAAAGGCAAACGCGAUAAGGCCAUCAAGGCCCUCCGCAAAAUCAACCACAGCUUUCGUGACUAUGAUCCCUCGGCGGACAUCCAAGCAAUCGACGACCAAGUCCAAAUGGAACGUGAAAUGGCGAAAGAUGCUACCUGGAUGUCGCUCAUUAUGGAUCCCGUUGAGCGCCGUAAGCUCUUCUACGCCUGCGGCGCCAUGUUCGUGCAGCAAAUCAACGGUAUCCAGUUCUGGUACACAUACGGCGUUGUAUUUGCGCAGUCGAUUGGCGUCUCCGACCCCUUCACUAUAAACACCAUUAUCUACGUUCUACAAAUAAUUACCGUCGGUGUUGCAGUUGUCCUCGGAAACAAGAUCAAGCGCCGCACGAACCUCCUCAUCUGCUCGGGGGGUCGUGGCAUCGGCAUCGGUAUCGUGGUUCUCGCCUAUAUCAACAUUAUCUUCUACAAUUUCUCCAUCGGCACGCUUUCGUACUCCAUCGCAUCGGAGAUGUCCGUUGGCCGCAACAGAAACAAGAUCACCUCGUGCGCCAUGGCCGUAUUCUUUCUUACAGUCUGGCUCAUGGUCUUCACCAGUCCUUACAUGUACUACACGGCCAAUUUAGGUCCAAUGAUUGGUUUCGUCUAUGGAGGAACAACCCUAUUUUUACUGGCUUACUCGUGGUUCUGUGUUGGUGAGACCGCGGGUCGGACCAAUGCGGAAAUUGAGAGACUCUUCCAAGACAAAGUUCCUGUUCGCCAGUGGGCAACAUAUGUGAUUCCUUCCGAUGAUGUGGUAGUUAUGAAGAAGCAGGGUACCGAGGAUGAGCAGAUUGAGAUGGCGUGA